UGAUAUGGUCCUAAAAUUAUAUCACUCACCUAAAUUUUUUAGUCAGUUUUAAAAAAAGCUGACCACAAGGUUUGCUGUCUUUUUUUAGGAUUGAUGAAGUAAUCAUAAGGGCUUUCCCACCUAUUGAAACAACGAUAAUCAAGAUGAAAUAUCUUCUUUGCACCGUCUUAUUUGUUAGUACCGUCGCAUUUUCUAGUGCUUCAGUAUUGUGCGAUUUGAAAUGGCCGCGGUGUGGUUUAACAGUAGAGAAUACAGUUUGCGAAAAGGACGAAAAAUGUCUUCCUGAACCAGGUUGCCAGGACGUGCCAGCGGAUCCUGAAUUCUUGAAGUUCAUCCUACACGAGCACAACCGCUUGAGGAACCAGGUUGCCAGCGGGGCAGAAACCAGAGGCUACACUGGAGUCGCUGCUAACAUGAUGGCCCUUUCUUACGACAAGGAUCUGGAAUAUACAGCUAGAUGCCAUAUAAACAGUUGUAAGUUCGAGCACGAUAAAUGCAGAGGUACCAGUAAAUUCCUUUUGGCCGGUCAAAAUCUGUAUUAUACUAGCGAAUCUCAGGAAGCAUUGAAAGAAGCAGUGAAUACGUGGUACGAAGAAAUUCAGCAAAUGACUCCAGACGUAAUUGAUAAUUUUCCAAAAGGAAGACACGACAUUGGUCACUUUUCUCAAUCUAUAUGGGCCACAACAACCCACGUAGGAUGUGCUCUCUCUAAAUCUGUCCCAACUGAAGAAGACGAAGAGGUAAAAUAUUACAUAGCUUGUAAUUAUGGACCAAUAGGAAACAAGAUUGGCAAAACCGUCUACGAAAGGGGAGCAGGGUGUUCCAAAUGUCCACUCGGUGUAGCAUGUAAUGCGGAAUUUCCUGCACUAUGUGGAGAAGUCGAUGAAACUCAAAUAUAUGCCAACGUGUCUAGCGGUGGAGACAUUCUUAAUAUUGGAAUCACUGGAGUCAGUGAUGCUGCUACUGUUACUGUCGGUGGAGAUAACAACACUGAUGUAACUGUUUCAGGUAAUACUGAAGCCGAUUCUGCAUCUAAAGAUGCUGCUACAAAUGCAGCUACGAAAGAUAGCAGUAAUGGAGCAACUUUAACUGUCGCAAAUGCUGGAAAUACUGAAAAUACUGGAAAUACUGGAACUACAGUAGUUGUAGGUCAAGAUGCUAGUAAAAAUUCAACACAAAUGCCAGCAAAUGCUACUGUAGUACCGAAAGUACUUGGAUCUAAGCAAAAUUGUACCACUUGUGCCAGUAACAUCAACGUGGCUUCGCUAACAUGUGUCCUUAGUAUUUGUUUGGCGAUGUUAUUUCUUAUAGAAUAAAUAACUGUGUAAUAGUUUUAAGACAAAUUAUAAUAUAAUUUGAAUAUAAAAAAUAUAUAUCUCAGCUUUUUAA